AGUCCACAAGCCUUAAAGUGGCCAACUUUGGAGACCUCUCCCCUACCUCUGCUCCACUUAGUGACCUCCAAUCCCAUCCAUAAAGCAGAUUUCACUGCGGAGGAUACAAGUCCCUUUUCGGAAUUCCGAAAGGAGGGUUGCCUCUCCGCCUGGGGAGGAUGGGAGUUGUAGUCAAAACCAUUUGGGACCCACAGAAUUGGGGGGGGGGCUGCUGAGAACAGCACUGGGAAGGGGGUCCCCUUUGACGUCAGUGGGAUCUUACACCCGAGUUGAUCUGUGGGAUCAUGGGCUUAAUUAAUUAACGUCUUGCCCUCCGUUCAUUCUUAUAUUUGCUUCGCAGCUCUCGAAAACGACGUCCUCGUGCUGGUCGAAAGAAGAAGAACGCUAUACAUCCAGGGUGAGAGGCGGCUGGCCUUCUUGGGCUGGGUGGGGGCCAUCCAGAGAGCAGCUAGCAGCUCCGGGGAGACUUUGCCAGAACAACAACUCACCGAGAUGGAUGUGCCCAUCAUUGUGGACAGGUGCAUCGAUUAUAUCACACAGUGCGGACUGACCUCGGAGGGCAUUUACCGGAAGAGCGGUCAGAACUCCAAGAUCACCAGCCUGCUGGAAACCCUCCGCAGAGAUGCCCGCAAGGUCCGGCUGAAGGAGGAGGACUACCAGGUGGACGAUGUGGCCAACACCCUGAAGAGGUUCUUCCGGGACCUGCAGGAGGGGCUCUUCACCCAAGACUCUGCCCAGGCCUGGCUCAAAAUACCCGCUGUGGAGGACUCCACCGAAAGGAUCAGCCGUUACCGUAGGCUUCUCAACAGCCUCCCAGUUGUCAACAAAGCCACCCUGAAGGCGCUGAUCAACCAUCUCUACCGGUGAGUGGUGAUGACGUUGGAAUGGGCAGCUGGAGAGGCUCUUCCUUCUGGAUUCAGAAGGUUAGACUCCCAGGGCUGGGAGGCCUUAGAGGUCUUCUAGUCCAACCCCUGUCCAGGGAAGGAACCCUCAGACCAUCCUGUCCAGUUCUUGAUGGACCACCACAA